AUGAAGGGUAUCCUCAAAACUUCGUCCGCUGUGCUCUCUGUUGCAGGUAGCGUGGCUGCUAGUCCCGUCAAUGGUCGUUCGGACAUCAUCACCUUCAAAGGCCCUUUCCAAGUCUCAUCGGACUCUGUUCACAAUGUGCAUAUUGGAUACGGCGAUGAGUCCUUCGAAGGAGAUGUCCAAGUCGUCUACGGAGCAUGUGACAUGUCCGGUAGCCAUGAACGACACCACGAGCUUGGAUCAACCUUUUUCAGACGCGACGCCCGUCCAGAACGCUUAGUCUGGCUCGUCCCAGAUGAAGCUAUCCAUGGAGGCUGCCUUCACGCAUAUUCUGGAUCUUCCCUUAUCGGCCGCUCAGCACCUAUUGCUAUCACAAGGAACUUCCGGAAACGAGAAGACAUGUCCAAGAUCUCAGACUGGAGCGGUCCAUGGUUCGAUGGCGUCGCAUACAUGCAGAACAAAGCCAACAACAACUCGUUCGUCGCGGUUGAAAAGAGCAAGAAGAUCGCAAUUGUUGGCGGAGGCAUGUCCGGCUUGUUGACAAGCCACCUACUCACAUCCGUCGGAAUCAACGACUGGCACAUUACCGAGAGCUCCCAGCGUAUCGGAGGUCGUAUCAGGACCAAGUACCUUGCCAACACCACGCCUGAUCAAUAUCAAUACCAGGAGAUGGGCCCAAUGCGAUUCCCCGUCAGCACUAAAUACACUGACACCAACGAAACGCUCGACAUCAACGACCACAAGAUGGUGUUUCAACUCGCGGAUACACUCAACAAGUUGAACGGCAACGGUUCGUCACUUACAGUCAACUUUAUUCCUUGGAUCCAGUCGAGCCCGAACGUCCCCGCCAACUCAAACGGAUAUCGGCUGCCGAAUGGUCGGAUACCUAGCGCAGCUCAGAUCAAGGCCAAUUCCAGCUUGGUCUUACCUGCAGCCAAGCCUGAUGACUAUGAUGAGGAAGUCGUCACGAAAGCUGAAGACGCACUCUCGGCGUUCUACGACGAGACUCCGGAGCGCUUGAGGAAUGCGUCUCUCAACAUCUACAAGGCUCACAAGGAGGCCAUCGAGAGGGGCCUUUUCCACUGGUCCGAGGCUGCUUACCUCCGGUACCACCUCAACAUGAGCCAGGACAUGGUUGAUUACGUUGCUGGUUCGGGUAGCGACCCGAUGUGGGAUUUAUACGACUCUGUGUACUUCGGAGCCACCACCUGGCGAACAAUCGACAAGGGCUUGGAGUCGCUUCCUCGCGCCUUCUACCCUCAUGUCCAAGACAAGCUCACUCUUGGUCGCAAGAUCGAUGGCAUUGUGUACAGCAACGACACUGGAAAGGUCACUCUUACUUGGCGUCAGAACCAGUUCGCAAUGGAACCUGAGACAGAGGAAUACGACUAUGCAGUCGUUGCAGUGCCUUUCUCAAAGGUCAGGACUUGGUCACUCCCGAAGUACUCUUCUCUCUUGACCCGAGCCAUCCAAACCAUGAAUUACGCGCAGUCCUGCAAGGUUUCACUCCGAUACAAGACCCGCUUCUGGGAGCAUUUGGACGAGCCUAUCAUCGGCGGCUGCGGCUCAGUCGAUAUCUACGGCAUUGGCUCCGUCUGUUACCCUUCCUACCAGAUCAACUCCACUGGGCCCGGUGUUAUCCUUGCUUCGUACAGCAGUGGAACUCCGGCGCGCUCGCUCGCUGCGCUCAGCACCGAGGACCACGUCGCCCGUGUACAGAGAGCCAUGGUCGAAGUCCAUGGUGAUAUUGCUGCCGAGCAGUUCACCGGAGCGUUUGAACGGCAAUGCUGGGAGGUUGAUGAGCACCAGGCUGGUGCUUGGGCUGAUCCUCUUCUCGGCCAGCAGGAUCUUUACCUGCCGGCCUAUUACAAGACUGAGGCCAACACCAUCUUCAUUGGUGAGCACACCAGCUACACGCACGCCUGGAUUUACUCGGCCCUUGACUCGGCGGUCCGCGGAACGACGCAGCUUCUGCUUGACAUGGGUCUUGUCGAUGAGGCCAAGCAGAUUGUGGAGGAAUGGAUGGGUCGGUGGAUCAGCUUGUAG